UGAAUACAAAGUAUUCUUGCAUGUAUACAGUAUGUUGUAUAAAAGAGUCUGGUUGAGCGAGACUAACAAGAACGGGAAAAUGGCAGGACAGGGACGUAGAAAUAUCAAUCAGAAAUUUGCCGAAAGUCUGUACAAAUAUAGUCGUCCAAGAAUACCAGAGUAUUCUCGCCUCCAUCCAGUGGUGCCCCGUCUCUAUGUCCAGGAAUGGAAGACUGACAUGAAGAACAGGGAGCUUAUUGUUAAGAAUGCAGAGCUCGGAGGAAUUCCCCACGUAGAACAUGAUGAAAAUAUGUUCUUGGAAAAGCGUGAACAAAUGCAUUACAAUGUUGAGGAUAGGAAUCGUGUGGAAGGAAAGUACAAAAUGCCAAGUAGGGAAAGACUACUGCAGCCUGACUUUCACCAUGAAACCUCAAAAUACCAGAGUGAACUCAUGUUCCGCAGAGCAGGCAGCAUAGCGCAAUAAGGACUAAACAUGUCUUUUGGUUUUAGUGAUAACUUUUUAUUCCAAAUGAAAAGUAAUUUUGUUGGAUAUGGAAUUCCGUCCAUGUUUCGUGCAGUAUUAAAGUUACUGGUGUUGGAUAAUCCAGUUUAGGUUUCUUAUAUAGACCCAAAUUAUCAGAUUUUUAAAAAAGGCUGAUCCCUAGAUCCUUUGUCAGAUUAAAAUGAGGGUUCAUCACAGGCAUUCUAUUUAUCACAGUCAGUAUUAGUGUUAUCUUCACGAUGGCCAGCUUGCCAUUUUCAUAGUUGUGUGAAUUGCGAUCAGAUAUUGUCUAUUUUUGUUAAUUUCUUUCUCAUAGUUUUACUAUAUAUAAUAUCUUUUUUUCAUUUAUACACCUGAUAUUUAUUAUAAUGUUCAUAUGUUCAAUAUUUCUACUUCUUUUGCAAAUUUUUCCCAUUAUAUGUACACUUUGAAUGUAUACCUUGGUCAUAAAUCACUUUCGAUUUUUUUAAAUCUAUUUGUUGCAUGCCGAGUUUUACUGAAACAUAUUUUCCUCCUUUGGUUUGAAAAUAUUUCUCACACGGGCUUUCAGUUUCGAGUUUUCAUAAUAAUAAAUUUGAAAAACAUGACUCUUAUUUUGAGUUGACAAUAUGUUUUUGCUAUUUGCGCUUUUAAAAUUUUUUAAUCCUUUUGUGGUAGUUCUGUAUAUUAACAAAGAAAACCUUUCACUUAUAUUUUUCAAGUGCUCUUUGUUUUUUUAAAAGAUUAUAUUUUGUACAAACUUUUUCUCAUCAAGAUAAUUUUCAUGAUUUUGAUUUAUAAACGUCUUGUACAUUAGAUUCUAUACAUUUACAUGGAAACAGCAGAGUUGUUUCAAUGGCUGAAUGUUGUUUUAUUUGUGGUGUCAUGUGUUAACAAUAAAAAUUAUUGAAGUUUUCAA